AGAUCUAAGGGCCCACCGGAUAACGCCUGAUAGUUCUUAGCCUAAUCCAAAUCGGUUGCAAUUAAGCCCUUAUUGGAUCAUGGAUAUCGUUGCUGGAGCCCGGGAGAGUUGUAAUCGGUUCGGAGCCCACAAGCCCACAACAGAGUCCCGACCUAAAACAUCGAUUCUGAUUUCUGGGGCAAAUAUAAUCCCAUCGGCUUACCUUCAGCACAACUCGAGACUUUCACGAAGAGCGUAGAAUCGAACAUCGGGAGGAAAAUUCAGAGAAUUCGAUCCAGAGAGAAAAUGGUGAGGCUGUUCGACCCGUGGCCAGUUUUCUUCAAGCGAGAAUGGAAUCGCAACUGGCCGUUCCUUGUCGGUUUCGCCGUCACCGGAACCAUCAUCACCAAAAUGUCCCUCGGCCUCACUGAGGAGGACGCCAAGAAUUCCAAGUUCGUCCAGAGGCACAAGAGACGGUUAGGAGAUUAAAUCAAUCAGUAGUCGAGUCACAAGCGGGAUUGGAUUGCAUUGAGUGCCUAUUAAAAGCAAAUCGGAGUUCCAUAAUCCUGAUUCUUGCUCAAACGCGCUCUAAAAUCGUUCUGCGUUUUUUAAUUAUUGUCUCAAUAGUUAAGAGACUCGGAGUCUGUCCUCGUAGGGUGUAAGUUUAUAAUUGGUUUACUGAGUUCUGCUACACCAUCAUAUGGUUGAUGUAUUGGCGAUAUGCCAUGGCCUGUUUAUCGUGUGCAUCUUCUCUUACCUAUGGUAAUGGAUUCAGCUUUGUGGGAGGUGGGGAAAGGUUGUUUUGGUUUGAUAAUCUAAAGUAUGGAUGUCCAUAGAUUUGCUUCGGCUGCUGAACUGAAUCUCAUUGAUAUUAUCUUGUGUUUUGAUAUGUUUUGUAGCUAAAUGCUGGAGGAAUCCGCAUGCAGUUGCUACGCCCGCUGGUUGCUUGAUGGGAGAAGCACCUCUAGUUUUUCUUCGUUUAUAAUAACAUGAGAGAAUUUUCUACAAACUCUAGCUGUGAUUAUGUUUUUUCAGCUACUGCUUGACUUGAAAUGAAUAGAACACAAGAUGUUCUAUUUCUUGAUCUGAGCCUGGUUAUUCUGUAAGGUAUAUUUGAUCGGUAUUGAAACAGUUGGUGCCCAAGAUUUUACAUUUGAGUAUGUGUUCCUUGACAGCUUGAGCAAGAUCAGAGCACGAUGAUCGCUUCUCUCCCUGCAUCCACCCUUUCAAACCCAGCGAUUUCUAUGCU